UCCUAAAGCAAAUGAAAGUUAGCUCAAAAGAAGAUACCAAGAAACUUUUGUUGUAGUGCUGUGUAAUUUAUUACUUAUCUCAAUUAAAGGUACCGCAAGGAAGUGACCAAGAAACUCCUCAUCUUUCCUGGAAGUUGCCAAGAAUAGAAUCUUGUCUAAUUAAUUUAUUAUUUAUUCCAUUGAAAGGGACCGCAAGAAAUUGCCAAGAAACUCUCAUCAUCUUUCUUCAUCAAACAUGUAUCUAUUUUCUAAUGCAACUUUCAACUUCUGAAUUCUCAAUUUAAGGAGAGUACUCUUUCAGUAGUAAUCCGCCAUAGAUAAACAAUUUACUUCUCUGAUGGCUGUUCAAGGUGCUUCUUCCUCUUCCCUUUCUUCUUUUACUCAUAGGUGUAAGUACGAUGUAUUCUUGAGCUUUAGAGGUGAGGAUACUCGUAACAAUUUUACUGCCCAUCUACAUGCUGCUUUAGUUCAAAGAGGCAUAAACACAUACAGAGAUGACGACAAGCUUCAAAGAGGGGAAGAAAUCUCACAAGCACUUUCCGAAGCUAUCGAAAGCUCAAGGAUUUCAGUUGUAGUACUCUCAAAAAAGUAUGCAUCAUCGAGAUGGUGCUUGGAAGAGUUGGCGAUGAUCAUCGAUUGUAAAAAAACAAAGCAACAAAUAGUUCUACCAGUGUUUUACGAUGUAGAUCCAACAGAGGUACGACAUCAGAGUGGGAGUUUUGGAAAAGCAUGGGCUAAGCUUAAAGAUGAGACCGAGGAUGAGACGAAGUUACAGAGGUGGAAAUCAGCCCUUACAGAAGUGGCCAACUUGGCUGGGUUCCCUUUAGGAGGCAGGAACGAAUCUGAAUUUAUCCAAGAAGUUGUUCGAACGGUUUUUAAAGUAGUUAUGCCUAAAUCUUUAAAUCACAUUUCCAAGCAUCUAGUUGGAAUGCAGUCUAGAGUACAGUACGUCCGUAAUAAGCUUUCAAGUGUAGAAGUGAAUGACACUACACGCAUACUAGGGAUCUUUGGAGUUGGUGGAGUCGGUAAAACAACUCUGGCUAAAGAGAUCUACAACUCAUUUCUUAGCCAGUUUCAAUAUAGUUGUUUUCUUGCCGACGUGAGAGAAACUUCAGAGCAAGGGAAGGGUUUAAUUCGUUUGCAAGAGACACUUCUUCGUGAGAUCCUAGGAGACUCGAGUUUGAAGGUUCAAAAUGAAGAUGAAGGAAUGGGUCUCAUAAAAAAAAUGCUUUUGAGUAAAAAGGUUCUUUUACUUCUUGAUGAUGUGGAUCAAUUGUCCCAAGUUGAAAAGUUACUUGGAGAUUGUGAUAGGCUUGGUGAUUGGCUUGGUUUAGGUAGUUUAAUUAUUAUAACAACAAGAGAUGAAGGUUUAUUAACCAAUUAUAAUGUUCAUCUACCAUACAAGAUGAAGGAAUUGUAUCAAGAUGAAGCUCGUCGGCUGUUUUGUUGGAAUGCCUUCAAAAAGGAAGAACCUAGCCAAGGUUUUGCAGAACUCACAGAAAAUUUUUUGCGUUAUGCUGGGGGCCUUCCAUUGGCUUUAAAGGUGCUGGGGUCAUAUUUAUAUAAAAGAGAAGAAAUUAAAUUUUGGGAAGAUGCUCUAGAAAAGUGCAAAAGAAGACUUCCCGAUGAUAUUCAAGGCAAGCUUAGAAUAAGCUAUGAUGGUUUGGAAGAAAGUGAGAAGAAUAUUUUCUUGGACAUUGCAUGUUUCUUUGUAGGGAACCAUGAAGAAUAUGUUACUAAAAUACUUGAUGGUUGUGGUUUCUUUGCCUAUAAUGGUAUCCUAAUACUAAGGGAGAAGUCUCUCAUAACCAUUAAUGAGUAUGGCACAAUAAACAUGCAUGAAUUACUCGAAGUUAUGGGCAAAGAAAUUGUUCGUAAAGAGUCAGACAAAGAUCCUGGAAAACGCACUAGGUUGUGGUUUCAUGAAGAUGUUCGUUAUGUACUUGAACAAAAUAAGGGAACAGAUAAAAUUGAAGGCAUACUGAUAGACUUGCCUAAAGAGGAUUUGAUACAUUUGAUACACUUGAGUCCUGGAGCUUUCAAAAAGAUGCCGAAUCUCAGAGUACUCAUAAAUCGUAAUGCACUCUUUUCAGAACCGCCUAAUUAUUUCUCCAACGAAUUGAGGGUGCUUCAUUUUAAAAACUAUCAUGGUUCAUCUUUUCCAUCGAACUUUAAUGGAAAGAAACUCAUUGAUUUAAGAAUGGAUAAGUGCAAGCUCAAAAAAUUGAGAAAGAACUUUCAGAAUUUAAAAUUUCUGAUCUUCAAUGAGUGUGAAUUCCUAACAAGAAUUUCCGAUAGGUCGGGACUUCCAAAUUUAGAGCAAUUGGACAUUUCGUUUUGCAAUAGAUUAGUUGAGGUAGAUCAAUUUAUUGGAUCCCUUCAUGAACUCGUCCGGUUGUCAAUUUAUGAAUGCUCUAAACUUAAUAGUUUUCCAAGUCUCCUCAACUCAGGAUCUAUUAAAGAGCUUAGUGUUAACUCUUGCAAAAGCCUGGCGUCCUUUCCUGAAAUUGGGCCAGAAACGAAGUGUUUGACAUCGAUUAAAUGGAGCUUCACUGGUAUAAAAGAACUGCCUCCUUCUACUGGGAAUCUCACUAAACUUCUAUAUUUAAAUCAUUUGAGACUUCGCAGUCUGCCCCCAUCAAAAUUAGAUUCCUCCAAGUUUACCAACUGCUUCUCCACACUGACAAAAUUAGAUCUAUCAGGAAGCACUUUCGAUAUGCUUCUUGGAUGGAUGGAUCGAUUUGUUCAAUUGAGGGAACUCAAUUUGGAAUAUUGCAAGCAACUUGAAAAAAUCGAAGAACUUCCCCCAAAUAUAGAAGUGGUAAAUGCUAGGGGAUGCAGGUCAUUGAAAAGUUUUCCAGAAGUAUCAAAGAGGUUCGAAUUCAAUACCAGCAACAAGAGUAGACUACAUUCGAUUGACCUGUCUGGAUGCUCUAAAAUGCUUGUAAAUGUUGGGAGUCAUGUGGCAGCUAUUCUAAGGCCCGAGAACUAUUUUUGGGACCAAUCAUGCGGCCUUCUAUUUCCGGGAAAUAAGAUUCCAAAUUGGUUCUACCAUUGCAAGGAGAUUUCUAAUAGUUGUUCAAGUGUAUUUAUUGAAGUUGAACUCCUCAAUCUUAGUGUGAUUAAAGGAAUCCUUACAUGUGUUGUUUGGGAAACCGAAACCAGUGCUCGUUCAAGUGAUAAAUUGGUUGCUAAUUUUAUUGCGGUCAACAAUGAUGGUAGAUGUCUGGGUACUAUAAGAAGAACAAUUUCUUUAAUGGGCUCAGACCAUGUAUGGUUGGCUUUCUACGAUCUAGAGCCUUUUACCUUAGCGAAGGGAAGUCUGCAACUUCAUUUUCAUUGCUCUUCAUAUUAUGAACCACUAGUCUCAAUGAAACGUUGCGGAGUCCAUCUGGUACGCAAGGACGAGGAGAAUGCUAAGAGGGAGCGUGAUGAUGAUGACGAUAAAUACUAUUCAAUGGAUGGCAAUUUAGAGGAUGGCGACGAGGAUUAAGAUUUACACCAUUAAAAAGCCUCCCACAGUGAUCCUCAGGAAUUCGCAGUCUCAGGCUUUGUGCCCUUUGUUAGAUGGAGAUACUUGAAUUUUUGUCCUCUUUUAUUUUGAUUUUUAUUUUUUGGUUUGGAUUUUCAAUUGAUUUAUGCAUUUGAAAAAUAUUAUGUAAUAUAAUAAUUCGAAUUAUUUUUAUUUUGCUGUUUCAUCAAUGUUUAGAUUAUCAGAUUUCUUAACAA